GCGCCACUUGAUGCAUUAAAGAUUUCCACGUUUGUAUUCCUCCAUAUCCAUUCAGCAGCUGCAGGUAGCGCGGGAGUUCGGUUUUGUUUUUAUCGGCAUUCCAUCUUUCAACCGAAUGUCCUUGAGGAUACCAAUGGCUAGCGGUGAUGAUCGCUGCUAAGAGAAAAUUCCCUGAUAAUUAAUGAUUAUGGGAAACAGAUUUCUCGCUUGCGCCGAAAAUGUUGCCAUAUAUACCAGUAAGAGAACAUGUUUCGGGAAAUUUUGGCUACUUCUCUUCCUGAUCUGCGUAAGCGUGUCUCGAACGUCAGUUAAUGGUCAUAGUAUCCCUGUGGGGGCGGCAUACGUGGGAAGUGGGUAUGACAUUUUAACGGGAAAUCCAGAGGGAGCCAGUUUCACCAGUGGUGGCCUGGAUCCGGGAUUGAAGGCGGCCAAAUUUGUUCUGGAAAAGACAUUUGGCCAGGCGUCGGGUUAUUGUCCAGAUGAAGCCACCUGUGUCGAACUGGGAGGCACAAUUUCGCAGGAAACCUUCACACUAACUGCAGACCUGCAACAAUAUAAAAGCGAAUUCUCAGCUUUAUGGGAUAUAGACAACGAUGCGAACAUACUCAUUGCGUCAUUUGGAGGCACGUUAAGCGCAUCGUAUAAAGAAGCGAAAAAUCUUAUUAAAGCCCAAGAAAAAGUUAUCCUAAAUGCUCAUCGCAUAUCCAUUGCCGGUGACAUCACAUAUAAUGUGCGCAGUUAUCGGAAAUUGGGAUCGGAAUUCCUGGAUGCGCUGUGCGAGCUCCCAUCCAACUACUCGCGGAAUGAUUACAUAAAUUUUCUUAAGGAAUGGGGCACGCAUGUGAUCAUUGGCGCCAAAAUUGGCAUCCGCGAAUCAGUACGACAGGAAUUUACAAAAAAUGUCGUAAUCAACCAUCUGCAAAAAAACCAGAGUUAUACAAUCAGCAGUCGCGGAGGCGUGCUAUCGUUUAUCACAUCCUCUUUGACCGGAACUGUGUCGGAUCAAAUUAUUGACGAUCUACGGUCCGGAAAGGAAUCGCUCAAACGCUGGAUUACGGCAAUGGGAUCGCCGGCUAAUCCCGCGCCAAUUUCACUAAUGCUCCGCGGCAUCGAAAAGUUCAUCGUUGCCGGAAGUGUACUUAACGAUUCAAGAAAUGGGUGCCCCCGGCUGCAGACGGAUGCGGAUAUUGCGCUAUUCCGUGCCAACAUCCAGCACGCUCUGACCGAGUAUCCCGUUGUUACGGGGGCGGAGAUUCCGGCGCCUGUCGUGCGCACAAUGAAGCUGACGUGGCCGCGGGGUAACUAUGCGCUGUUCAUGGCUAACACCGGCUGUCCGGAAGGCUAUUGGGCCGACGGAUCACGCUACCACGACACCGUCGACCGGUUUCCCAAUAACCAGUGGUCAGCACAGUUCGAUACGCUGACCAGCAGUUCCUUCUGGUCCAACAACCUGAAUCUGCAGUUUUGUACUAAACUGAUAGAUUUCGACGAGAAUAGUCUGGACUGGCCGCAAGGCGCUUAUUGCUUCUUUAAGAAAGGCGAAUGUCCGGCCGGCUUUGACCUGGGCAGCUACUAUGUGGACGAUGAAUUCUUCUUCAACCGCAAUAGUUAUUCAGGGACACUACCGGAUGGGGAAUAUUACAGGAAGACCAAGUAUUUUUUCUGCUGUCGGGAUGAUGGAGCGCUGAAUAAGCCUAUGAUCUUACCCACGCAGAAACCGUUCUUUUUGUUCCCAGUUGGUCCGGCGUGUCAGACAGUGAACGGCAUGACGUCAUCGCUGCACUGGCUGAAGAUACACACGAUGUGGAAAGGUUGGACUACGAUGACCGGAAAGCAUCCGUUUGCCACAGCCGACACCAAGACUAGAUGGACAUGGUACUUCUGCUAUUACACAGCUACAGAGUAAUUGUUAAACUGUAGUCACGUUCAGAGUUUUUAUGGCUUGCUGUACUUCUACUGGGAAUGGGUAAUACUGCAACAGUGUGAUCCCGACUGAACUGAGACAUAUCUGUAUAAAAUAAUUACCAUACACGGCAGUGACGGCACAGUUCCCAUCCGCACAUUUCCUCGUACCAAAUUUCAGCAAACACAUGCAAACAUCACUCCACGUUUAACAACAUCGAAGGUGUUUUACGUGUAUGCGCACACUUGAUGUUUACGCACCUGCCUUUCUACUUCAGCAUAUAGAAGUCCUUCGACCCUUUUACUUUUGAUUGCAUCUUCAUCAGUUUGUUUUACCAGAUUUGCA